GGUCAGAGUGCAACUAUCUAGAAAGCUUAGACACGUACAUGAGCUGAAAGGAAACGGAGAGCCGUAUCGGAGAUCGAAGGACAGAUGAAGCAUUGGGUUCCAGUUUUGAUCAUCCUUUUCGCAUGCUUGUUUCCGGCAUUCGUGGAGUGCAGGGUUCGUCACUACAAGUUUAAUGUGGUGAUGAAGAACACCAGUCGGUUGUGCUCAACAAAGCCCAUUGUCACCGUCAAUGGCCUGUUUCCGGGGCCUACCAUUUAUGCCAGGGAAGAUGAUACAGUGCUCGUCAAGGUCGUCAACCAUGUCAAUUACAAUGUCACUAUCCAUUGGCAUGGUAUCAAGCAAUUUCGAACAGGUUGGGCUGAUGGUCCGGCGUACAUCACACAAUGUCCGAUCCAACCUGGGCAGAAUUACAUAUACAACUUCACCAUAUCCGGCCAACGGGGCACGCUUCUUUGGCACGCACACAUAUUGUGGCUGAGGGCGACAGUCCACGGCGCCCUAGUGAUUUUGCCCAGGCUUGGCGUGCCAUAUCCAUUUCCCAAACCCUACAAGGAGGUAGUCAUUGUAUUAGGUGAAUGGUGGAAAUCGGACGUUGAAGCUGUGAUCGACGAAGCUCAAAAAUCCGGUUUCGCCCCAAAUGUGUCGGAUGCUCAUACCAUCAAUGGGUAUACGGGAUUCGUUCCAAAUUGUCCUUCGCAAGGAGAAUUCACAUUGAACGUUGAGAGCACCAAAACCUACAUGCUACGAAUCAUCAACGCUGGACUCAACGAACAGUUCUUCUUCCUAAUCGCACGCCACAACCUAACCAUCGUAGAAGUUGACGCCUCCUACGUGAAACCGUUCAAAACCGACACCGUACUCAUCGCCCCGGGCCAAACCACCACCGCCCUUCUCACCGCCGACCAUUUCUCCGGCAGCUACGCGAUGACCACCUCCACCUUCAUGGACACCCCGAUCACCGUCGACGCCACCACCGCCACAGCCACUCUUCGCUAUCCCAGAACCGUCGCCAAUUCCCGGACUAUCUUUACCACCGUUCCUCCCAUAAACGCCACCCCAAUUGCCAACAAAUUCAGAGAUUCACUGAAAAGCCUCAACUCGGGAAAGUACCCUGUCAGGGUCCCGUUAACUGUGGACCACUCCCUUGUCUUCACUGUUGGGCUUGGAAUCAGCCUGUGUCCUUCUUGUAAGGCCACUAAUGGAAUCCGCCUGGUGGGGACUGUCAACAAUGUCACCUUUGUUAUGCCAACCACAUCUUUGCUCCAGGCCCAUUAUUUCAAGGAGAAGGGAGUUUUUACCGACGAUUUUCCUGGUCAUCCCCUGCAUGUUUUUAACUACACGGGCCCUGGACCGCGGAACUUACAAGCCACUGCUGGGACAAAGGUGUAUCGGUUGCCAUUCAACGCUACCGUUCAAGUUGUUUUGCAAGACACCGGGAUUAUACUUCCAGAGGACCAUCCUAUCCACCUACACGGAUUCAAUGUCUUUGGUGUCGGGAGGGGGAUGGGAAAUUUUAACCAGGAUAAAGAUCCUAAGAGAUUCAACCUCGUUGAUCCAGUUGAGAGGAAUACAAUUGGCGUACCAUCUGGUGGAUGGGUAGCUAUUAGAUUCCGAGCAGAUAAUCCAGGAGUUUGGUUCAUGCAUUGCCAUUUGGAAGUGCACACAACAUGGGGGCUAAAGAUGGCAUUCCUGGUGGACAAUGGGAAGUGUCCUAAUGAGUGUGUUUUGCCUCCUCCCAAAGAUCUUCCAAGAUGUUAGCACAGCAUCAACAGUCAUUCACUACAUAGAUAGAGUGAUUUCGGAAAAACAAAACAAAGGAAAUUUAGAAAGAGAAAA